UCAUUUCCCUCUGUGAGUUUCUGUGUUGCAAGGAGCAUCUUGUGAAACAUCCUCACUGAGAAAUCAUGAAUAUUCCCCCCAUCUCCAUGUGCUGUGGGGAACACCCAGGCUACAUCUUUUCCUGCAUACCGGAUUAGAGACUGUGAAGGCUCUCCACCAGUGUGUGAGCUACCCUAGUGCAGUCUUCUGUGCAGGAGGAAGGCUGUAUUUGUGGCCACAUUGGUAAUGUGGACUCUUGAGGAAGAGUGAUACCAUGGUAGAGAUAAUGAAUCACCACGGGAGAGUCAGUCCUGGAACUGCAGCCUCAGCAGAAGAGAGAUGCUGCUCCUGGCUGAACCCCUGGGUCUUCAUUGCUUCUGUCCUUGCCAUCAAAACCACCAUUGUAACCAUCUGCCUUGUUGUUUUCCUUCAUGGAAGCUACGGCCAGUACAUGACUCUGGUCCAGAAUGCUACAGAGUGGCGCUGCAUCCCCAGUGUAUCUGCAGGCAAAAGAUUUUCCCCACACACAGAGGAGGGCUGGUCAUGCUGUCCGAAGGGCUGGAAACGCUUCCAAGGAAGCUGCUAUUACCUCUCGGAUGAUGUGAUGUCCUGGGCUGCCAGCGAGCAGAACUGCACUGGGAUGGGCUCUCACCUCGUGGUGAUCAACAGCAAAGCAGAGCAGGUAUGUGCAGGGCUGAGAGGGGGCACAGCAGCCAGAGCCCCAGCACCAGCCCAGGAGGGGACUCAGCCCCUCUUUGUCCUGAAAGGGAGGGAGGAUGUCCUUUGUGCAUCCCUUCAGUACCAGUUUCCCUCUGCCACCAGCCCUGCUCCACAGGGACUCCUGCCGCCUCCCUCUGCUCAGUCCUGUAUCUCAUGGACAUUGCACUCUCCCCCAUUUCCAGGAUUUCCUCUUCAACUUGGCAAAAGGAGUAUUUACUACUGCCUACGAAACAAAAUACUACAUAGGCUUAACUGCUUACAAAACUGGGCAAUGGCAGUGGGUGGAUCAGACUCCAUAUAAGAAGACAACCACGUGAGUACACAGGGGGAGUGAGGAAGUGUGUGUAAUUCAACCCUCAGUCCAAGUGACCAAUACACUGUGUAAGGCAGGUAUGUGCCAGAGGGGGAUUUCUGUCUCCAACUGCACUGUAAGUCAGAAAACUCAACUAGCUUUCCAGUCAAAACUAUGACUCCUGAUCUCUCUACAGUAACCUUCCCCUUUUUCUUCCACAACUGCUUGAGGUGACUUCACCCCCACUGUCAUGCAUGCAAAUACAUUCCCAAUAGAGUAACUUUCUUUUGCAGGUUCUGGAAACCCGGGGAACCCAAUUUACUCUUUGCAGAAAAAUGUGCUGCAAUUCAUGUCAAGGGAAACACAGACUCAAGCACUUACAGUAACUGGAAUAACGUCCUUUGCUUCACAAGUUGCUAUCGAAUUUGUGAACUGCCAGUCAAAUUUGUCUGAGGAAGGAAACUCCACUUCAGUUGAAGGAGCUGAAGGAGUACCUUUGAGAAAGAGCAGCUCAUGAAAUACCUGAUGAAAAGCUGGUCGGAGCUCACACAAAUGCUUUAUCUUGCAAUGCAAGGUGAGCAAGCCUCCUACAGCAUCUCAGAUCUGAUGGACUCAGUUCCCAGCCUGUGCCCCUGCAUCUCUUUCCAAGAUGGAGAUCAGUCCUGGGUGAAAACGCUCAGGCUGAUGUCAAGGACCUAUUGUGCCCCUUUUCACGGUCCUGCUUCACAGAUGAGUGCCCUGAUCCUCCAGUACUUUCCUUGACUCCUUGUCUAGUCAAUAUCUCAAUGAUGUGGAAAAGGCCCUCUCUGUUUCAUGAAAGGAUACUGGUCCUACGAAUCACUGGAGCAGAAUUUGAAAGAAGAGCAUGCAGUGGAGCAUGCUUGGCCCACCCCUGAAGGAAACAAUUAUUCAUGGUUUAUCUUUAAUGUUUCCUUCUUCCUUCCGCAGGUUUUGUGUUGAUAAGUUAAAAAAACCAUAUCAGUAAAUGUUAAAUUUGCUCAAUGCAUGAGGCUGUCUUCUGACCAGUCCCAGCACCCUACCAACCCAACCUCCUCCCUGCAUGAUGGUUCUAACUUUUCAGUGUGUUUGGCACCUCCAGGUGAGAGUAUUACUGUGAGUGUGCUGGAGUGGCCAGGAGCAGGAAAAAUCUAGUGUUCAUCUGCAGAGCAUGUGAGAAAGGCGCUGAACAGUUUUGGAGCAUCAGGGAAGCAAGAGAGCAGGCUGUGUAGUAGUGCCAACAACUGUUUGCUCAGGAUGUAGCAGAGAGGAGAUGGAUUUUGAAGAUCCUACUGAGAUAUGUGGCAGGAUUAAGCAUGGCAAUGAAGGGGAGAGAAAGCAAUCAAAUAUCACAUGAAGUGCUAAAGCCAGAGUUUCCGCAGGAGGGAUUUAUAAUAUGAGAAAAAGAUAGAAGACCCCUAUGAGAGGCAUCACUGUAAAUCAAACACACACAAGUCUUGAGCAAGUGCUCUGCUUCCCUCAAGUUCCCCAAACCUCUGUCUGUAUAUUCUUCCUUUUCAUCAAUUAUAUCCAUGCUUCUUGAAGAGCUGAGAGUUUCCAGUUUGGGACUAAAAAUACAACCUGAAAAAUCAGUUAUGGUUUUUUUUUUUUUAAUUCAUCAAAAAUCUGAGCACAAAUUUGUGCCAUUUUCAUAAGAAGCAAUUUGCCAGGUUUCUGUUUUAGCCAUGGGACCAAAACAUUGGCUCUUACAAGGUCUUGGCCUCCUAUUUUCUAAAGUUGCUGGGAUCUCUUCACAACAGAGAAAACUUUGUUGUCCUGUCCAACAUGACAGCAAACAAAAACAUUGAAAUGGACUUCUCUUUUCAGUUUUCCCCAACUCAUUUAUGGAAACCACAGCAGCAGGGUUUUGAGGAAGAAGAAGGGUUAGGUAAGGCACACAGAGAGUGACUGAUGCAUUACAGAAAAUUUUAGAGGCAGCUGCAUUUCUAGUUCCUGGAAGGUGGUAUAGGGCAGAGCAAAACUCACACCAUAAGACUGGUUUGCAAGAAAAUGUAACUAGCUAGAAAUAGUCUCCAUGCCCCAAAAUUGGAACACAGUUUUUCCUGAGAUGUUCUGACAAAAGAGGGAUCUUGGGAGAUGAUACUGGGUUUGCCUGCAGAAUCACCGAAGGGAAGUUCCUUCAGUUCCUCUAUAUUCCUGUAUGCAGACACAUACAGACACGGAGUCUGAACCCAUUGUUUUACAUUAGUUGUACAAUCACUGUCCCUGCUUUGUGCAGCCACUGUUGAAGGAUAAGUGGUGAAACUCUGAGCAAGAGUUUCAGUCAUAUCUCUGAGCAAAGCCAAUGCCCUUGACUAGUCCACCCCAACAGCAGCACUCAGGGUUUAGGCAGGGAUGGACUUCGUACACAGUACAUGUUUGCACAGAUGUAGAAUAAAGCAAAAGCCUUCCUCUUACCAUAUUCUUCAAUAUGGAUUUAUCUGAGAGAUGUAUCUUUCUUCAGCUUAUGAGAAACAGGCACUAUGCCUCCAGUUUGUCUUGAUGCAGCAGAUGCAGCAGAUGUUAUAGUAAGACAAUAUAAGACUGUAUGUCAGGUAUAGUGCUUUCAGAAAGCUUCAGAAGGACAAUCUCUGCAUAUUGAGCCAGGAGGUUGGCUGGAAAGGACAAAAAGUUUAUCAGAUAAGCAUACUUCAUGAUGACAUCUGCAGUCCUUGUUUUCGGCUGGACAUCCUGGCCACAUCCCAACUGCCUGUUAGAACAAGACCUGCAUGCUCACCACUCCUUGGCACAUAAACUUUUCCUUUGAAGAGGAACUCAGGUCUGAGGAUAGGAAAGGAGCCACAGUGACAUUCACUUCUGAGGGUACUUACACUGAAAACAUGGUCCGACUGCAGAAAAAAACCCAAAUAAAUCUAUGGCAGUUCAAACUUGA